UUGGUCAUCGUCAGGGGGCGUGGCUUUGAUAUCUCUCUCGCUGUAACGCGUGUUUGAGACUCAGUUUGAUUCAGUGACACGGACAGAGUCACCAUCAUCUUCAUCAACAGCUUUACCAACACUUUUCACUCACUGGAAGCGUGCAUCAUUCCCAGCGAGGAUCGUAAAACUGAAAGUGUGUGGGAAGUUUGCUGAGCUCUGUAUUCUGGAUUUAUUUGGAUUUGCGCGUCUGAGACUCUGUGAAGUUCAUCAAAGCGCGUCACGAUGCGUCACCAGAGCUGGUUGUGGUUUUUCAGUGUGCUGCUGCUGGGCUUCUGCGCUCGGGCGACCGGGGCUCUUGAAUGCGAGCAUUGCUCCCGGCUGGAGCUGGAGCUUUGCGGCGGACCGGACUGGAUCCUGGGCUUCUGCGGAUCCGGACUCACCUGCGCGGCGCUCAACAGAACCGGACCCGCGCUCGCACCUGAGACAGGUGUCUGCAGAGCGGUACCCGAUGCGACGGAUGCAGACGAUGAGGACGAGCGCUGCCCGCUGGUGAGCGGCUGUGAGCGUGUGGAUGGACAGUGUGUGUGUGAAUCCAAACACUCCUGCAUCCGGACCUUCAGCUUUCCCGACAGAGACGCCUGCGUGCAUGCUGGGAAAACAGGGUCUCGCCGUCACGAACACAGACACAGGUUUGUGGGUCCCGUGAACCCGGCGUGUGUGUUUUCUGGUUGUAACCUGACGGCCGACGGCUGUGUUUGUUCGUCUCAGAGCUGCGACGAUCACUUCACGCACAUCAACCGCAGUCAGUGCCAGCGAGCCGCAGAGGAUCUGAAGUGCGCUGGAAUCACCUGUGCACCGCUGCCCGUCCCUGACUGCCCAUCUGAUUCGGUCCUGACCCGUAGCUACACGCCGCCGGCCGAAUGCUGCCCGACGCUCCCUUCUCAGUGCGCAUGUGAUCGCUGUCCACCUCCUCCGGCCUGCAGCGAUGGGCGCAGGGCAAUGCUGCUGAACGAGGGCGCCGGUGCGCCGGGAAACUGCUGCAACACAUACACCUGCCAGAGAGUUUCUCCCAGGUGUGUCCAUAACGGGAAGAAGUUUGUGGAGGGCGAGGUGUACCGUAUGGACCUGUGCUGGCUGUGUCAGUGUCGAGGCGGAGUGUCCUUCUGCUCUAAAGCCGAAUGCGCCGAGCUGGACUGCGAGAACUUCUACGUUCCUGAAGGAGAAUGCUGUCCCGUCUGUUUAGAUGUGGAGCUGCUGUCGGUGGAGAGCUCUAAAGCGAGCUGCUGGGUGAAUCACAGACUGCGUGCGCACGAGGAGCAGUGGAAGGAGGACGACUGCACCUUCUGCCAGUGUGUGGAUGGAGAGCCGCACUGCACCGCUAUGGCCUGCAAACAGAGCUGCCAAAACCCUGUCAAGAUCCCUGGAGAGUGCUGCCCCUUCUGUGAGGAGCCAUCAUAUGAGACAGUGAGCCCGCUGCUCUGCCCACCGUUGGAAAACUGCUCUCUCUCUGGGCACGACUGCCCAUUUGGCUUCCAGCAAGACCCCAGCGGCUGUCUGCUAUGCCAGUGUGUCAGCAAUGAAACCUGUCCUGAUGUGUCCAAGCACUGCACUUUGGAGUGUCCCAUGGGUUAUGAGAAAGACAGCUAUGGUUGUGAAGUGUGUGAAUGUAGUGUAUCCGCUCCAAAGUGUCGCCCCAUGACCUGCAGCAAGACAUGCCCUUAUGGAUACAUGAGGAAUAAGCACGGCUGUGAGAUGUGCCGCUGCGUCCGCUGUCCACCGUUCACCUGCGACAAACUCUGCAGCGAUGGAUAUAAGAAGAGCAGAAAGGGCUGCAGCGUCUGCGAGUGUAAAGACGCAGACAGACGGGUCUCCAGCACCAGUGCCUCCGUCACCGUCACCGUCUCCUCCAGCUUCUGUCUGACCGCCGGCGGCCGGCGCUUCAAGGAGGGAGACGGAUGGCACGACGGCUGCCGAGACUGUUUCUGUCACGCCGGCCGAGAGAUGUGUGUGCUGAUCACCUGCCCUGUGCCCACCUGUGCCCACCCUGUGCUCCGAGCCGACCAGUGCUGCCCCAGCUGUGACGACGAGUCGGGCAGCGGGCAGCCGGAGGGUCUGGAUCUGGUGGUGUGUCGCGCUCCGGCCGGAGAGCUGUAUGUGGAGGGAGAGACGUGGCGUCUGGACGAGUGCACCAGCUGUACGUGUCGACAGGGAAGAGUGCUGUGUGACUCUGAAUCCUGUCCUCCGCUUCUGUGUCACACACCUGUCCAGAGCAGAGACAGCUGCUGCUACACCUGUGCAGAGGAGGAUCUGGAGCCGCCGCGUCCCGGAGUUCAUCAGGAGUUCUGCGUCUCCAGCGCUGGAGAAAUCCUGCGGAGCGGCGAUUCGUGGAAACCCAACGCUUGCAGCAGCUGCGUCUGCCGCGACGGGAGCGUCCGGUGCUUCUCACAGCAGUGUCCGGUCGCUGACUGCAGGGUCCCUGUGCUGCGCAAGGGCCAGUGCUGCCCGCAAUGCAUGCUGGAGAUAACGAGCUCGUCAGCGCCGGUCACCGAGAGCCGGAUCACCGCCGCUCCUCCGCUCCACAGCGUCACAGAUGGUGAAGGUCUCUCGCGGGACGUCCCGAGCCAGACGGAGAUGACGCUCAUCUACCAAUCAGCGGCCUGGAUUCUGGCGGGAAUCCUGCUGGCCGUGGUCAUCUUCCUCCUGGUGGCCGUUCUGGUGAACCGCAGGAAGAACUGGGUUCAGAUGUCCUGCUACGGCGCGCCCAAGAAGACGGUGAUCCUGCAGAAACACGUGAACAAGAGUUCGCUCGUCUACAUGGAGCCGUCCAGAGAGAGUCAGUUCCAGAGCGUGAAGAGCGAGAGCAUCGCUAACGGAGAGCGAAUCUGCAUCCCGCGCGCUAAACUCGCUAACGGACACGUCCAGCGCUAGCGUGGUCUCGCAGCUCUUCAGAGGCCAGAAACUCCACCGAACGCCGGCGACUCCUGGAGCUUUGGCCUCCAGCGCAAGAACAACCCAGUACUGUGAUCAUCUCCUGCUUUAUUUCGUGUUUUUAUGAUGUCCGGAGCGUCCAAACUAAACAGGACCACAGUUGAGCUUCGGCGUCAUUCCAUGAUGCAGAAACAAGCCAAACGUUGAGGAACCAGACGGACCUUCUGACUGUUCAGAGACCAGAGAAAAGAGAUUGUCAUCAUAUUCUGAGGUUUCCUGACCUCUCCAGUCUGUUUAUUCGUUUCUAUACGUUCAAGUGUUUUACUUGUAGUUUGUUGUUAGUCGCUUGUAAGCCUCGUGACGGAGCGGCGGACUGAACGUUCCUGUGUGUUCAUAACAAACUGAACUUCAAGAGCUUCAGAUCAGAUCAAGUCCUGAGAUUUCAGCUCCGUUCCAAACCCUAGUGAGUCGUCUAACUAGACAGCAUCAUGACAUUCUUCACUGUACACAAUGACCAGUUUUCAUUUCUCAAGGGAAUGCUGUUUCCAUCCAUAACACACACACACACAAACAAAUAUAUAUUAAUAAAUUAAAUAUUUAUUAUAUUAAAUAUGUUAAAAACUAUAUAUACACACAUAUACACUACCAGUCAAAAUUUUUUAAAGAAGUCUCUUCUGCUCACCAAGCCUGCGUUUAUUUGAUCCAAAAUACAGCAAAAGCAGUAAUAUUGUGAAAUAUUUGUACUAUUUAAAAUAACUGCUUUCUAUUUGAAUAUAUUUUAAAAUGUAAUUUAUUUCUGUGAUCGAAGCUGUAUUUUCAGCAUCAUUCUAAUAUGCUGAUUUGCUGCUUAAGAAACAUUUAUUAUUAUUAUUAUUAUGUUGAAAACAGCUCAUUUUUUCAGUUUUCUUUGAUAAAUAGAAAGUUCAGAAGAACAGCAUUUAUCUGAAAUAGAAAUCCUUUGUAACAUUAUAAAUGUCUUUAUCAUCAUUUUUGAUCAAUUUAAAGCAUCCUUGCUAAAAAGUAUUCAUUCCCCCAAAAAAAAAAUGUUUUAUAUAUAUA